GCUGUAUCGCACGUCCUGAGUAGGAGAAGGUCAGUGUCAACAACGAGUUAAGUUGGAGAGCAGCGUCGUCUGUGCCGUGCAAGUUUUCCGGGGUUGGGGGUGCUUGAAGGUGAGAGAGAGAAACUCUGUAGCAGAUGUAAUAUAUUUGAGUUGGUGACGACGGGCGAAGGGCAACAGGGCAGAGUUGGAGUAGCAGUGCAACAGAUAAAACGCGAGUGAGGGAGGGCGACUUUUCGAUUUUUGUGGUUAUUGUGGUGAUGGUCGGAAGGUUUAGAGCAGGUCUUGUGGAUUAAUAAUUUUUUGUAAAUUUUCGAGGACAUGUAAAUUGAAGUGUUUCGAAUUUGUCGACUUCCAUCUGGCUACUGAUAGUUUCAGUGAACUCACUGUCGAGGAACGCCUACAAGAAAAAUCAUUCAAGGCAUUUUGUUCUUUCAACAUUUCGGAGAUAACAGUGGAUCAUUCAGGAUUCUUGGAAAAUAUGGAUCUUACCAGGAAUAUGAAUAGCGUCCAGCAAUUGGUAUGGAGUCCCGUGGACGUUUGGCCGGAAAUUAAUGAGAAGAGGAGAACUCGUUCGGGCUUACGAGUUGAAGGGAUUGAGGAAGAGCUUAUCUGUCCCAAACCCAGACGGCCAACCAGUGUGAAUGUCCCAGUGAGCGAGCUCAUGAAGCCUUCUCGCCGUCACAAGAAUAAACCAUCAGCCCGUGUCGAGAACGCAGCCUGUUUUGAGUUGCUUGACAUCUUCUUUAGUAAGGGUGGGAUCAGAGAGGUUUCGAGCUUUGGUUGCUCACCUCCGAGUUUCUGCGGCUCCCCUCCUGCCCGAGCAGGGAACCCUCUGAUUCACGACUCUAAGUUCUUACAACAGAGGACCUCAUCUAACUUAUCUCAGCAACUGAGUUCAUGCGGACCCUCUUCCUACGUUCCUUCUUCCCAUGGGACUUCCGCUUACAGUGCAAGCCCUGCUGUCAGGAUAGAGGGAUUUGGCUCCUUUGGUUCUGAUCUGUCUUCUCAAGUCUCAGCGCUCGCGUGAUUCGCCUCUUCCCCCUCAAUUUGGUGUGAAUCUGGUGAGCAAGGAUGUAUAUUGGAGAGAAUUCCCAGCUUGUAAUUUCCAGGAGAUAGCUAAUUUUUGGCGGCGGCUUGUGGAUACUUCGACGGAAUUGUAGAAGGACAAAAUUUGAAGUGCAGCGGACGUAGUGGUCUCGUGUGAUAGUUUCGCAAUGAUCAUCAAAAGUUCCUAGACCCUCUGAUACAGGGGUUGCUCGGUAUAACCUCGAGUCAUGUUGACUUGUGAAUGGUACGCGUUGAGUGUAUCAUUUUUUUUUACUUCGUUGUACACUAGAAGAUAAGAUGAUGAGAAGUCGUCUAAACGAUUAGGGCCACUCCAUGAUGCGGCAGUGUGGCGAACUUGGCAACAUAUGCCAUACCAGCAUCCAUUAGCCAGUAACUGUUUGCUUCGCCAAGCCUCUGAAUUUUGCAGUGUAGAUCCAGCCUUCAAGGUUUGUGCAUUUUUAGUUCAGUCUUAGCUCGACGACCUUUAGUCUGUAAAGAGAUGAUAUGAUCCUGUAGUUGUGCAUUUGUUUUCAAUCUGUACUUUGUAAUCUAUUUUCCAUUUCCCUUUUUUGACCAGCCA